AUGUCUUUCCGGGGCAGUACAAGUUUCAAUGGCAUUCCUACUUCAAAUAUGGGUUACCAAAGGGGCCCUUACAAUUCAUCGGUUACAGCGUCAAAGUCUCCAAUGACAAAGAAGAUUCAAAGUGAAGUGGAGACAUUUUUGAACAAAAUCGAAGAUCUAACUGAUCAUCCCAUAAUUCAAAAACUGAAGCCUCACACACCAGCAAUCUCAAGGUUCUUCAUUGUGGCCACGUUUUAUGAAGACUCGUUUAGAAUCAUCUCACAGUGGAAGGAUCAGGUCUUCUACCUAUGGAAUUAUAGGCACUUUCCAUACUACUUCGUUGUCUUAUUCUUAUUGGUAGUUUCUGUGUCCAUGUUCAUCAGUGCUACCAUGCUAAUUCUCAGAAGACGUACCGUGGUAGCAACUGCAGUAUUAUGUUCCUGUAUCAUCUUGCAAGGGCUAGUCUACGGUUUGUACUCUGGCUCUUUCAUUUUGAGAAAUGUAAGUGUAAUUGGUGGUCUUUUAAUUGGAUUCAGUGACUCCAUUGUCAAAAACAGAACCACCUUUGGCAUGUUGCCUGAGUUGAAUAGCAAAGACGGGAAGACGAAAGGAUACUUACUAUUAGCGGGUAGAAUUUUGAUUGUGCUGAUGUUCGUUAGUUUCACCUUCACGAAGAACUGGUUCACGGUAAUCUUGACCAUCGCUGGUACUAUUUGUAUCUCUCUUGGUUUCAAGACGAAGCUUGCUUCAAUAAUGUUGGGGCUCAUUCUUACUUUCUACAAUGUCACAGUAAACAAUUACUGGUUUUACGAUAGCAGCAAGAGAGACCUUUUGAAGUACGAAUUCUACCAAAAUUUGAGCAUUAUCGGUGGCUUGUUGCUCGUGGUUUCGACCGGUGCGGGCGAGUUGUCUAUCGAUGAAAAGAAGAAAAUUUACUAG